CCGUGCCCCUCUAGAGUCCAGAACAUCUCCCACAUUCCUCUCCUCUCGCCUGCAGGUUCGGCUCCAUGCGUGCGGCCCCGCCUGCCCCGCCUUCCUCCCCGCUCCUCGCCUCCAGAUGCCUCCGGGCGCUCUCAAAUUACCUGCCCCGGGGGAGAACGUGGGCCUGUGAACUGGGCUGGUUUUCUUGGCCAAAUGGAUAGUGGAGCAUGGAUGAAGUUGACAGGCGGGUCGAAUCUGAAGAAUCAGGCGAUGAAGAAGGGAAGAAGCAGAGCAGUGGUCUGGUGGCAGACCUCAGUGAGCACAGCCUGAAGGAUGGAGAGGACCGGGGAGGAGAGGACCCAGAAGAAGGACAAGAGCUGCCUGUGGAUAUGGAAACCAUUAACCUGGACAAAGAUGCAGAGGACAUUGAUCUGAAUCACUAUCGCAUUGGAAAAAUUGAAGGAUUUGAGGUGCUGAAAAAAGUGAAGACUCUCUGCCUCCGUCAAAAUUUAAUUAAAUGCAUUGAGAAUCUGGAGGAGUUACAGAGUCUUCGAGAGUUGGACCUUUAUGACAACCAAAUCAAGAAGAUUGAGAAUCUGGAGGCUCUGACAGAGUUGGAGAUUCUAGAUAUUUCUUUUAAUCUGCUGAGAAACAUUGAAGGAAUUGACAAGUUGACACGACUGAAAAAACUCUUCUUGGUCAACAAUAAAAUCAAUAAAAUUGAGAACGUAAGCAACUUACGUCAACUGCAGAUGCUGGAGCUGGGGUCCAACCGCAUCCGGGCAAUUGAAAAUAUUGACACAUUAACCAAUCUGGAGAGUUUGUUUUUGGGGAAAAACAAGAUCACUAAACUUCAGAACCUGGAUGCACUUACCAACUUGACAGUCCUCAGCAUGCAGAGCAACCGGCUGACCAAGAUCGAGGGUCUGCAGAACCUGGUGAACCUGCGAGAGCUGUACCUCAGCCACAAUGGCAUUGAAGUCAUCGAGGGCCUGGAGAACAAUAACAAACUCACGAUGUUGGAUGUUGCAUCAAAUAGAAUCAAAAAGAUUGAAAACAUCAGCCAUCUAACAGAGUUGCAGGAAUUCUGGAUGAACGACAAUCUCCUCGAGAGCUGGAGUGACCUUGAUGAGCUGAAGGGAGCCAAGAGCCUGGAGACGGUGUACCUGGAGCGGAACCCCCUGCAGAAGGACCCCCAGUAUCGGCGGAAGAUCAUGCUGGCCCUCCCCACCGUGCGGCAGAUCGACGCCACCUUCGUCAGGUUCUGAAUCCUGCUCCUCACCUGGUCCCUCUUCAGCAGAACUUCCCAGCCAUGGUUUUUUAAUCCACCCGUUGCUCCUGAAAUCGUCACUAUAGCAACAGUCACAAACCCAAUGGCAAUAAAAAGGCACUGAGUGGUAACUGCCACGUGUGACG